CCCGCGAAGAUCAAAACAAAGUGGCGUUUGACAGUUUCAGAAAAACGGAAAGUCUCCGUCGCUGGGAAAAUGUCUUCAUAGCGUUUAAAACGACUGACAAGCAGAUGUGACAAACUGCGAAGGUCGGUGCGAGGAAAGGGGAAGUAGACAACGUGGUUUUAUCUUCUCUCGCAGAUGUCUGAUGGUAGCAGUAUUGUCCGAUAUCAUUGUGCAUCCCUAUCAUAUAUACUUGGAUAGAAGUGACUCUACUUGGACUCCAAACAGUGCAGUGAGAAUGAUGAGGAGAAAAUGGCAGGACAGACUGAAGUCGUUGGAGCACAGGGCACAGUCCUUUCAAGCUGCUCCCAUUUGCUGCCCAUAUAAACCACGUCUGUCCCGUCCGUGGCAGCCCUCUUCCGUCUGGAGGCUUUUUCCACGCCAAAGUGCGGCCAUUGCUUUUAGCCAAACCUGCAAAGAGGAUGUGCAUGUAUUUGCUCUGGAGAAAGAGAGCACAGAUGCAGGACAGAGGAUUUACUUAGUGACCAGUUACAGUGAACUCUGGCAUUACUACAGUUCUCAUAGACAGUCCCUGAUGCACUGCUAUGAGGUGAUCCCAGAGGGCGCUGUCUGCAAACCGUACUUUGACCUGGAAUUUCACAUUCCCUCUAAUGCACACCUGGAUGGCAAAAAGAUGGUGCGAGACCUGAUUCAGUAUGUGUGUGAGAAGCUGAAAGAGGUGUAUGAUCUGCAGUGCUCCUCAAAAGAUGUGCUGAAUCUGGACUCCAGCACUGCUGAGAAAUUCAGCCGCCAUCUUAUCUUUCUGCUCCCUAAUUCAGCGUUCAAGGACAACAGCCACGUUGGUCGGUUUAUCCAUGACAUACUUAAACCUGCCAUGAAAAGCAUUCAAAAAGGCUCAGAAACACUCACUUCAGAAGUUGAUGGCGAUCUCAGUGAGGAGCCUCAGUCAAAGAAAAGAAAGCAUGAAGCGAAAGAAGAGAAGGACUUGAGCUUUCUAAUAGUGAAGUCCAGAGAUGGCCAAAAGCAGCUCUUCGUGGAUCUAGGUGUCUACACCAAAAACCGAAAUUUCCGUCUCUACAAGUCCUCCAAACUGGGAAAGAACGCUGCCUUCACAGUGGCUGAAGAUAACAUGUAUGUUCCGAAGUCUGACAAGCAGAGCACAGAAGAGGAGCGCAUAUUCCUGGCUUCCCUAGUUACUAAUGUCAGUUUCACUGGUCAGAGGAUUCUGACGUGUGAUGUUCCAGAAAGGAAUCCAGCAGUAUCUCACUGUUCACCUCAAGACAAAGGCCCUCAAAGCACAGAAUUUGCAGGUGAACAGCAGCUUUCCCCAUACAAGGAAGUAGAUGAAUUUGUGCAGAGGCUGGUGUACAAGGACAACAUUCAAGGAAGCAUUAGACGCUGGACCUACUUUGUAUCUGAGCAGCUGCUGGUGUAUGACAUUGCCAAGUACCGCUGGUGUUAUAAUGUGGGUCGCUUCCACAAGAGCAACAACAUCAUAAUUGUAGUGGAUCUAAAAGAUGAGGUGUGGUAUCAGAGGUGUCAUGACCCUGAGUGCAGGAGUCAGAAUUACAGAUCCUCUAGUUUCCCACUACCACAAGAGGUCUGCAUGAGCUACAUGCUGAAGGAGGAUGAGGAGGAUCAGGAGUACCUGAUGGAUGAGCUGGGUAACAUUGAGCUGAGUCAGAGUUUUGUUCCAGCAGUGGAGGGGGACGAGCAGUCGGCCUCGUUUUGUUCUCUGACAGAGCACACACAGGCUUGGGUUAACUGGCCUGAUGACCACUCCUGCCUGGAGGCCCUGGAUGAAGUGGAGAAGAUCACUGCAGAAAAGGAGGAAAUUCCAGAUGAGCUUAUGAUUCAGGCAGUGACUGAGUGUGAGGCUACAGUAGUCUGAGAGAGAGUUUAUUAUAAUUAAUCACUGUAAAAAAUGAUAACCUGACAGUAAGUUAAAUUAUUGCUGUAUGAGAAAUACUGCUGCUUUCACAGCUGGUUUUGGGUAUUUCUGCUUUUACAGGUGUAGUUUUACUCCAGCUUUCCAUUUAUUGCUUUAGAAAAAAGUUCUAUAGUUCUAUUUUUGAACGUGUUGAAUGAAGUUGUAUCUUUACCAAAGGUCAAAGCGUGAAUUUCUGAAUAAAACUGUGUGUUUCUGCUGUAAAAAAAAACAAACAAAAAAACAGCCAAACCAUUCAGACUUCAUGGCAGACUGAGUUAUUCUAAAUGUGUUUAGAGUUUAUCUAUAACUCUGGGCAAGAGUUCCAUGCAAUGCAUGCUCAUAAUUUAUGAGAAGUAUUGUUGUUUGAUGCGUGUAGUAAAUUAAUUAGACACAGUUUGAAGUAUAAAUAUGCCUGUUCAGUGAGAUAAUUGGGUAAAUUGAGUUUCUUAUUAUUUUACUCAGGUCAUGGUUGUAGAAUACAUGACAAAAAAGUAUGAAGUGUAAUUACUAACAGAAAUUGACUCAGUAUCCAAAAAAACCCCCACAACAGAGCGGUCUUUUUGUCUUGCUUUGCAUAAAUUUACACCACACCGGUGAGGCAUCAAUAUGUUUGUAUAGUAGAGGGGACAUCUGUGGACAUUUUUCACUAAUGCACUGUUGCAAAUUCUUGUUUGGCAUUAAAAAGUGUCUGUUGCAAUUUUCUAAAUAGGUGCAAUGGCUUUUAAGUGCCCACAAUAAAACUGAAAGGGCAGUUGCUGCUCUUUUAACACACUGUAAAUGCAUUUGUAGGAGUUUCCCUCUCAAUGCAUAAAAUACUUGGAGGAGAUUAUAAUAGUGAAGUACCUUCUCAGAUUUACCAAGGCUGAUAGUGAGUACUAGUGAUGUGAUACUAGUUCUCUCGGAAGGCAAGAGAAAGCGAGUGAACUUCGCGCUUUACAUAGACAGACUUGCUGGAAAGGAAAACGAGUGACAGGAAACGUAGUAAAGUUUGGACACAUUUUAAUGUGAUAGACAGUUCAAAGGCAGAGUGUAGACUGUGCAAAGUUAAAAUGCAAACU